AUUCCUCUCGUCUACCAAGACGGAGUCCAUUUUCAUGUGUGCUGGACAUGGUUGUUCAACUGAAACGUCAAGAACAUGAGGAUGAUAUUAGAGAAAUCCUGCAGGAACUCGUCAAAGAGUUGAAGAGAGACGCUUCCAAAAAGACGUUGUAUUCCACCACAAUCUGCAUCUCUGCUGGCAACACCACAGAUUCAGAGAGACACUAUGGAGUCUCCAUGUCCACCACUGGUCGUCCUGCAGGCCAAAUCCUGGUCGCUGCAUCCUGCCUUAACUUCUGGGAGGAGCAUGUAGCCGAUGCAGUGAUGAGCUACUAUCCUAAAAAAAGUAGGAAGACAUACUUUGAUGUAACCAUCCAACUUCCUGCAGAUGUCAGAUGUGAAGCCUUUAACCUUGGAAGCAGAGAUGCAAUAAGUCCCUGCCUUUCUUGUAAAAAUAUGUUUGGCUUGGAUACGACUGAAACACAGCCGUGGGCUUGUGGCAACUGCGCCGAAGUUGAAAGUUUGAGCAACUUGCUCAAACUAGAGAAAGAAGUUAGAGAGCGAGUCCAAAGAAAUGGAAACUGGACAGAAGAAAACAAGACACGGGCUAAACGUGCUGUUAUGAAUCAUCUUAGAAAUAAACUGAAGGAGGUUCCCUUUGAAUGGGACAAGCAGUUCUACACUGCACAAAGAGCAAUAGCUGAAUAUGAUGGCGAGGAAGAACCUCUGCCAGAAUAGACUUUUUUUUUAAAGAUGAAGAGCAGAUAUUAACAAUAACUCAACUGUAAAGUCACAAACAUCUGAGAAUUGUCAACAGUUGGGAAUGGGAAAUCAUUUUUAAUCUUUUCUGCAAAAUGCAAAGCUUGACAUUUUUUUGUGAAAAAAUAUUGAGGUUAAAAAUUUAAUUUAUUGGGAGGGCGCUAGUGCACAGCUGUAACAUGUAGACGUGUUG